AUGUCUUGGAUAGGCAAAAUUUUUGGCGGAAGUGGUAAGAAAGGAGAUAAAAUGCCCACUCCGCUAGAAGCGAUCCAGCGACUUCGGGAAACCGAAGAAAUGCUGGUCAAGAAACAGGAGUUUAUGGAGAAGAAGAUUGAGGAAGAAAUUGCCACAGCCAAGAAACACGGCACUAAAAACAAGCGACUCGCUCUACAUGCACUGAAAAGAAAAAAGCAGUACGAGAAACACCUUCAGCAGAUCGACGGCACCCUGUCUACAAUAGAGUUUCAGAGGGAGGCGCUUGAAAAUGCCAGCACCAAUACGGAAGUUCUAAACGUGAUGGGCUCCGCUGCCAGAGCGUUGAAGGCGGCCCACAACAACAUGGACGUGGAUAAGGUUCACGAUUUGAUGGACGACAUCGCUGAACAACAGGACGUAGCAAACGAGAUUUCUGAAGCUAUAUCCAACCCGAUUGGGUUCGGUCAGGAUGUGGACGAGGAGGAACUGAUGGCGGAAUUGGAAGAACUUGAACAGGAAGAACUCGACAAACAGUUGUUGGACGUUGGCCCCACACCCGCCCCACCCGUCAAGCUACCAGAAGUUCCUGCUUCGAAACUUAUUCCUCCCCAGCGUAUGUUGCUGAUUUUAUUUUGUCUUGGUAUUAAUAAGUUAUGA